CUCUCGUCACAACUUUCUUUUGGAGGGAUCGGUUUUGGGGUAUACAUCCACACACUCAUCAGUUUCUUCGGGGGCUUCAUACGCUCGACAGAAAGGGAAAAAAAAGGAGGAUCGAUUUGAAGAUUUCUGGCAUCAAAACGAUAUUUGAUUUUUUAUUUGUUCGUUUUAGAUCGUUUGUGUGAAAUUGUUAAUUGAAUCCGUAUUGGAGCGCAUAAUUUCUGAAAAUAAACUCGAUCUCAAAAGGAGCCACCUAAUUAGGGGAUUUACCCGAGGCAAUCGAUUCCGUCGGUUGAAUUCGUUUCAGAAAAAAAACUAGGGUUUUGUUGGCUGUAACAAUGUCGGUAACGGCGGGUGUUAGUGAUACUGUCAUAGCGGUUAGGGAUAAGCUUCGAGGCAAAAUCGGGCAAACAAAAGUGAAGAGGUAUUGGCCUGGAAAAGCUCCUGAGUGGGCAGAUGAUGGCGAUGAAGAAGGUGAUAUGCGGAUGGCAAGGUCAGUUGCUUUGGAGAAGGCUUUCCCUAGCAGAGAAGAUUCCAAUAUCAUGAAAAGAGAUGAUCGUAGGCUGCGUCGGUUAGCAGAGAAUAGAUUCGAUAAUAAGGAAGAAAUAAGAGCAGAUCAUCGAAGAAUCAGACAAGCCGAGAUCAUUUCAACAGAGGAAGAAGAACAGAGGAGACAAGAAAGGAUAGAAUUUGAAGAAGAUGAUGAAGAUGCUCUUGAUGAAAGAAGGAGACGAAUCAGGGAAAAGCUGCUUCAAAGGGAACAAGAGGAAGCUGCCAUGAUUCCUGAAGAAGAAGAGGAGGAAGAGGAAGAAGAAGAGGAGUCAUCUGAAUACGAAACAGAUUCAGAAGAAGAGCAAAUGGGUAUGGCUAUGGUGAAGCCCGUGUUUGUUCCCAAAUCAGAACGCGACACCAUUGCUGAACGCGAAAAGAUCGAAGCAGAAGAACAAGCAAUCGAAGAGUUAAUGAAGAGAAGAGCAGAAGAAAGAAAAAUCGAAACAAAACAGAUAGUUGUUGAAGAAAUCCGUAAAGACCUACAAAUCCAGAAGAACCUCGAAGCAGAAGCCAACAUUGCUGACAUAGAAACAGACGAUGAGUUAAACGAAGCUGAAGAAUAUGAAGCAUGGAAGGCUCGUGAGUAUGCAAGAAUCAAAAGAGACAGAGAAGAUAGAGAUGCAAUGUCAAAGGAAAGAGAAGAGAUUGAAAGAGUUAGGAAUAUGACUGAAGAAGAAAGAAGAGAAUGGGAGAGAAAGAAUCCAAAACCUGCAUCUGCACCUAAACAGAAAUGGAGAUUCAUGCAGAAAUAUUAUCAUAAAGGUGCUUUCUUCCAGGAUGAUCCAGAUGACACUGCUGCAACAGUUGGUGCUGAUGGAAUAUUCCACCGUGAUUUUAGUGCUCCAACUGGAGAGGAUAAGAUGGAUAAGACUAUUUUGCCCAAAGUUAUGCAAGUCAAGCAUUUUGGUCGUAGUGGAAGAACAAAAUGGACUCAUCUUGUUAAUGAAGAUACAACUGACUGGAAUAACCCGUGGACAUACAAUGAUACACUAAGAGCAAAAUACAACACAAAAAUGGCGGGAUUGGGAAUCUCGUUGAAGUUUAAUGGAAUAUAUCCUUGGGGAAAAUCGUGUUUGAUAAAGAAAGUGGAAACCAUCAUUAAACCUGAAGCUAUACAAGCUUGAAUGAAUCAUGAAUGCAUACCACCUAUAUGAAACUGCAGCCAUAAAGCCUGUUGAAAUUGAAAUUGCAUUGUUUUGAAACACUCGUUGAAGUGCUUGAAAAUUGAAUACAAAGGAACUAUGACGUGGACCACUUAAAUCAGUGCUUUAAUUCUUGGUGGGUCAAAAGAAUGCUUUUCACCGUUAGAUAGUUGUGACAUUUGAGCAGUUGCAGCUCCAGAUGUAAGAUCACAAGAUAACUCCAGAUGUGAGAUCACAAGAUUACUGGUUAUGCUCUUCUUUCAUCUUACAUAACUAGAUAAUUUCUCAUAAGUGAAAAAUUAAAAUAGUUGAUUUUGUUUAUAAAUGGUUUAAAUUGCUUGUAAUGAACGUGUUUAGCUUGGAAAUGGGAAGCCGUAGGGGAACUAUGCCAUGAAGUUUGUGAUUGAUAGUCUAUCAUUUGAAUUAUGUGAUUCUUUCUAAUUUAUUUGAUUAUAAAAGGACGAUGUGAAAAGAAAAAGAAAUUUGAUGAAAAUGAAGGUCGUG